AUGGCAUAUUUGAGUAAUAUAUCCCAAGCGGUCUUGAUAAAGCCUACAAGGUUUAUUCAAACCAGAAAUAUAUCUUUUCUCAAGAAAUUGUUGCUGUUGGAUAGCGGUAAGACGGAUAUAUCAGAGACUCCGAUUUAUAAUUGGGAUGAAUCGCCAUAUGAGGAUAUUCGUACUCGUGCAGCAUUCAUAAGAACUAGAGCGUUAUGUCCGGUAACAAAGAAAUCAGUAAACUUUGUUUGCCCGUACUCGGGAAUCCCAACACAUUAUUCAGAGGAAGCAUGGAAAGCUGAUGAAGAAUAUCAUUCGAAAAAGAAAUACGAGUUAUUGAGAAAAGUCAAUCUUUAUGAACACGAUUUAAGAUCAGGACGUAAGUUUGAUGAGUUUGUAUUCCCUGGUGAGCAAGAGAGAGACUUUACUAUAAAUAUGUCAUCGUGGGAUUCGUUUUUCUAUACCAGAGACUUCAACCCAAUGAAUACCGAAUUCAAUUUGGCUGCGGCUUCUAAGGUAUUGACGUAUCCUAUUACCAUCGGUUCUGUAUUGCACAAACUCGCGCCAUAUAGCAUGCAACCAAAAGGGACUAUAACAUUAGAAGGGUUGAGAUCUCUUUCGGCGUUACAUUACACUUUAUACCCACCAUAUUCCAAGACUACAGAAACAGCCGUUAGUUUUAAGGAAAGACCAAUGAGGAUAUUCAUUCUUGGAGCCAAGAUGGAAGCUAUGCUUCCAGGCUAUGUUUGGAAACAAUUUGGUUACUUAUUCCCUGAAACGAAGUUUGAAAUACAUUUCAUUGGUCCUGAAUGCUACUUUGAUCCACAAACAAAGAGCUUUACAUCUACCGAAGAACCUCACGGACGUGCUUUAGUUAACAGAUAUGACGAACAAAUAACCUUGCAUUAUCACACAUUAUAUUUCCAUGAAUUAUAUGAUUUCGGUGAUUUAUUCCCAUUUGAUCCAUAUUUGGAUGUGUUUUUCUUAUUCCACCCUGGUUUUAGAACAGCGAAUGAAAUCCAUUGGGAUAAGUCUUUGAAGGGCUUAUUGGAAUCAAAAUGUGCCGUUUAUGUCACUGGUUAUCAUGCUGAAGAUGCGGCAAGAGAACGUGAAUGGUUAAGCUCUCAUAAAUUAGCUGAUGAGAUGGAUAUUUUAAUGAAUCAAACCGAAAACGUCUUUGGAUCUACUAAACUUGAUUUAGUUGACUCGAAUCCAACUGAGACUUUCCAAGCAAAUAAAGAAAUGUUCGCAUUUAGAGGUAAGAGAUAUCAUGCUAUCAAGAAGUAA